AAUAUAACAGCCACGUCACACAAUGGGGACAGAACAAAGACAAUUCCCAUAAGCUACAUUCAAGGUCACAAGGCUGAAAAACGUGGAAAAAUUGAUAUGUCAUCUGUAAUAAUUAGUGGAAAAUCAACAUACGUCGAUUUGGAAUUUGUAAUAGAAGCUCAAGUAACAAAUUGUGACCCAACACUCGAUUAUUAUUUUAUUUGGUCCGUAUAUAGCGAAAUAUUCGAACAUUCAAUUAAUGUCACGAACACUAUUGGAUCUAGGUUAGAAAUACCGCCUUACUCCUUGAAACCAGGUGCAACCUACGAAUCGAGCUAUCAAGUUGUAAGGGAGGGUAAUAAAGAAGUAAUCACUGAAAUGAAAUCAUAUUUCCAAGUGCGUUAUCGAGGAUUAAAAUUAUAUUUAAACGAAGAUCGUCUUAUGAUAACUGUAGAGACAGCUUUCACUAUAGAGGCUCUAGUUGUAAACAUCGAUUAUUAUGAAAGUAACGUAAACUACGAAUGGAAAUGUUUUAAUAAUGAAGAAAUUUGCAACUUUAUCGACAGCAGUAAUGAAAGCGUUUACAAUUUUUCAUCCGGCAUUCCUUAUAAAGACGAGUUCAGAGUUUCCCUAACAGUAACUAUAUUUAACGAAUCCGCCACGGCUAAUGCAACGAUAGUUACUUUAGAUGCAGAUCUCCGUGUCCCUGCGCUUCAGAUUCAACCCGUCAACCGAAUAAUAAAUGAAAAUGAACAAACAACGUUAUUAGGCAAAGCGUACGACGUGGCGCCAUCUUGUAAUUUAUCCUGGUACUUUGUCACGGAAGAGUUAUUGAAGUUGAAUUCGGACAAGGAUAUUAUGGAGUAUGGAGAAAUAAUAUCAGACUCGAACCGAAAAUUAUCUUUGAAUGAAAAGUUUCUCGGUGAACUAAUAGAAUUUGACUACGAAACCAAAUCUAUUGAUGUAGACGGUGUUAUAACAAAUGCUGGUAAAGCGAGCUUAAUAGCUGAUUGUGAAUGUAUUAAUGGUACAGAUUAUCGAACGAUAGCACUCGUGUAUGCUGAAGUUAAUUUUAAGUUAAAUCGUGGACCAAUAGUUCAUAAUUUGACGGUAUUUCCUGAAUCGGGAAUUGCUUUAGAAACUAUUUUCCGAAUUUAUUCCAAAGCAGAAGACACAGAGAGCCCACUAUUGUACUCGUUCUAUUGCGAUAUUGGAAAUGGCACAUUACUACUUGCUUCGUAUUUUGACCACUGGACAGUUGACACGUUUUUACCCUACGUAGAUGGUGGUACAGAUAUAUGGGUGGUGGUAUGUGAUAGCCUCGGCGCUUGCUCCAGCAGCGAUAAGAAGACUAUUGAAUUACAUCCAAACAGUAACAUUAGAAUUGACGUGGUUUCAAAAGUUAUGAACGAUUAUAUAAAGCGAUGUGAAACACUACAGUUUGAGCGUAUCGCUAUAUCAGCUGUCGUCAGUUACAGGAAUGCAGGUCAAUCGGAACUAACGAUAUUUACGAAGUCAGUGCUUGAAUCAUUGCCAGGGUUACACCCUCGCUGCUUAUCAGAAAGCCGAUAUUUGGAAGUUUUAAGCAAAUUGGCUGCUGUUGGCGUCAACACGACUUCGAUAUUUAAAUAAU